CGCCGCCUCCGCCCCGCGUUCGGGGCCUGCCCGACCCCGCGCCGCUGUCGGCCGCCUGCCCGUCUCCCCCGCCGGCCUUCUCCCCGCCGUGGGAGCCGCUCGGGGCGCAGGGCUGCGCGCCGAGCCCCGCAGGCUGCAGCGCCGCGGCCCGGCCCGGAGCACGGGCAAGUUCGCCGAGAGUUGAGGCGAAGUUUGGGCGGCCGCGGCCGGCCCCGGCCGAGCGCCCCUCUGCGCCCCCGGCGUCCCACCGCGCGCAGCCCCGCCGGGGGCGCCCUCCCCCAGCCAUGUCGUCCAUCCUGCCCUUCACCCCGCCGAUCGUGAAGCGCUUGCUGGGCUGGAAGAAGGGCGAGCAGAACGGGCAGGAGGAGAAGUGGUGUGAGAAGGCGGUCAAGAGUUUGGUUAAGAAGCUCAAGAAGACGGGGCAGCUGGACGAGCUAGAGAAGGCCAUCACGACGCAGAACGUCAACACCAAGUGCAUUACCAUCCCCAGGUCCCUGGAUGGCCGACUGCAGGUGUCCCACCGGAAGGGGCUCCCCCAUGUCAUCUACUGCCGCCUGUGGCGAUGGCCCGACCUACACAGCCACCACGAGCUGCGGGCCAUGGAGCUGUGUGAGUUUGCCUUCAACAUGAAGAAGGACGAGGUCUGCGUGAAUCCCUACCACUAUCAGAGGGUAGAGACCCCAGUUCUACCUCCUGUGUUGGUGCCACGCCACACAGAGAUCCCGGCCGAGUUCCCCCCGCUGGAUGACUACAGCCAUUCCAUCCCCGAAAACACUAACUUCCCCGCGGGCAUCGAGCCCCAGAGCAAUAUUCCAGAAACCCCACCCCCCGGCUACCUGAGUGAAGAUGGAGAGACCAGUGACCACCAGAUGAACCACAGUAUGGAUGCAGGUUCUCCAAACCUAUCCCCGAAUCCAAUGUCCCCAGCACACAAUAACUUGGACCUGCAGCCCGUCACCUACUGCGAGCCGGCCUUCUGGUGCUCCAUCUCCUACUAUGAGCUGAACCAGCGCGUCGGGGAGACAUUCCACGCCUCGCAGCCGUCCAUGACGGUGGACGGCUUCACCGACCCCUCCAACUCGGAGCGCUUCUGCCUCGGGCUGCUCUCCAAUGUCAACAGGAACGCGGCCGUGGAGCUCACUCGGAGGCAUAUCGGGCGAGGCGUGCGGCUGUACUACAUCGGAGGGGAGGUCUUCGCAGAGUGCCUCAGCGACAGUGCUAUUUUCGUCCAGUCUCCAAACUGUAACCAGCGCUAUGGCUGGCACCCAGCCACGGUCUGCAAGAUCCCACCAGGCUGCAACCUGAAGAUCUUCAACAACCAGGAGUUUGCUGCCCUCCUGGCUCAGUCUGUCAAUCAGGGCUUCGAGGCCGUCUACCAGCUGACACGAAUGUGCACCAUCCGCAUGAGCUUCGUCAAAGGCUGGGGAGCAGAAUACAGGAGACAGACAGUGACCAGCACCCCCUGCUGGAUCGAGCUGCACCUGAAUGGGCCUUUGCAGUGGCUUGACAAGGUCCUCACCCAGAUGGGCUCCCCAAGUAUCCGCUGUUCCAGUGUGUCUUAGAGACAUUGGGUGUGAAGGGGGAGGGUGGGGAGGGUGGGCUUGGGGGAAAAUGGCCAAGUAGGAGGUGGAGAAAAUCAGAACUCUACUCAACUCAUUGUUGUCAAGGAAGAAGAAAUUUUUCUCCCUCAACCAAAGUGGCACCAACCUGUUUUCCAAAACACAGAAGCAAACCCAGAGAUGGAUUUCAUGAACAGCCGUGUCUGCUGAACACAUUUGCCCUCUGGCCCCAGUUUGAAGGGCAAGAAAUGGCUUCUGCUCUGGUGGCUUGAGCAAACAGGUAGUAUUUCACCACCUGCCCCCUCCCCAACCCCCUUCUCUUUUAAUGACAGCAACCAGGAUGUCACUGUCCAAGAGGAAAUGGCUCUCUUCAGGAGUGGAGUGUGGAAUUCACCUUGGGUGUUCUAGGUGGGGAACAGCCUGCAGGGGUUUGAGCAAACCUUAUGGCCAGCCCUCUGGCGCUUUUGACAAAAGCUUCUUCAACUGAACAUUCCGGAGCCGGCCCUCCGGCCCACCCCGCACAAACCCCAGAGCUGGACUGACUUGGGGUGGGGAGGGGGCUCGUCCGUCUCCUCCCCUCUCAGAGCAGACUGAUUGGUGUGAGCGGUGUGUUCAGAUCGUGCACACAGGGACAGUGGGGGAAAGUUGGUGAGCGACACCUCUUUAAAAAUGCUCUUAAGAAAUCUAUCCUUUCUCCUUUGAGCAGUUGGAGGAUCUGCUGAGGCUCAGUGCGUAUGCAGUGUAUAGUUUAUAUUACGUUAAUCUCAGAGAGAUUUGAAUUACGUGAAACAGUCACAUGAAGCAGGAGGCAGUUGUCACGUGACGGUGUUCGGGCUAAGGCAGCACUACGUUGCAUGGGUCUCCAGUUAUCUGUAAGAGCUCACUCCGUCUUCUCUUGCAUUUGGCUAUAUUGGUUCAUGUAGUCAGUUGCAUUAAUUAAAUGAACUUACUUAUAUGCUCUUUUAAAUGUUUUAUAUUAAAAAAAAAAAAAAAUCCUGGGUUGGCGCAUUGACUGAGAAACCAGAGAGGGACCCAGCAACUUCUCUCCUGAGGUGAAGCUUUUCCAGGUUUUGUUGAGAAGACACCUGACAGCACUUUUGGAAGCUGAAAUUAAGAAGCAAAUUCACCAGAAGGGAAAAAUCUCAGGCCAACACAGGCAAAUGAAAAGGGCUAUUGAAAAUUUUUUACACCUUUGAAAAUUGCAGGCUUGGUGCAAGGAGGUCUGUCAUCUUUCCCCUGGGAUAUAAGAUUAUCUAGCUCACAGUGGAGGAUCCUCAGUGACAACUAUAGCAGCUAUAUCGUGUAAUAAGUACUGUUCCCAGUGGCAAUUAGUGAGAUUGUUUCAACUGGAAAAAAAGAGCCCUUUUCUUUGGCCUUUGCAGAAUACAGCAGACAGAAUUCCCAUUUGCAUUGGUACUUUAUUCUUUGCUGCUGUUUUUGUGUGAAAUGACUUAUCCCAUACUUUUUCAUGGAUUUCUACCAGGAAAAAUAAAAGGAUUUCCUAUGGAAGUCCUGUCUUAUUCCAGGUGAAGAAAGUGGAUACUUGGGGCAGGUAUAAACCUCCAAUGUGAUGACAUUUCUGAUGCUAUAUGGAGACGCUGGGGGCUUCCUGGUGCCUCACCUGCAGGAUCCUACACUUCUGAAGCUCUAGCCUUGAGGUUUCCAGAUAGGCGAGCUGCUCACCAAGCCUCCUGAGGACACAGGCAGACGGGAGGAGCGCCUUGACAGACCUGUGCUAGUCUUCUCGAAGGGCUGCUGACACAGAACCAGAGACAAUGCAAAACCCCUCACUCCACCCGAGAUGGCCAAAUACUGCAAGUCUGAAGUCUGUGCCUGGUGUGAAAUGAUCUGUGGGCCGCUGCUUACAGACACAGGAGGCUGUCUGAACGUCCUGGAUGUGUAUUCAUGCUCCUGGUCAGGUCUGAGCUCGUGGUAUGAAUUGUUCCAUUUUGGCUUCUGCUGGAGCAAUCAUAAUGCUCCUCCUAAAAGCCUUGGGCAGUGGUCUCUGAGGGUCUGCAUUCUCCACCUGCUACAUGAUCCCCUUUGCGGGCUUCCUAUGGCACACAGCUGUCUUCCAGGUACUUGGGAACUGGCUCCAGGUACAGCCCAAUUUUGGUGAUCCAGUGGGCACGUCUGGCUGCCUUCGGAUGGUAUCUUAGAACCCUCAGUGCUCAGAGCUGAAGGCUCCUAGGAGGCAUGAAGUUUUAGUUCUGUGUUUUUCCAAAUGCUACUCACUUGCCCCUGUUUCUUUGUAGACUAGACUGCUGGAGGAGGAUGUAUGAGAAAAAUGUAGGUAAGCCCACCUUUGGCACCACUGAAAAUAAAUUCGGCCCUACUCAGAGGUUAGGACCUGGUGCCAGUCCCAUCAGAGAGGCUGUGUGGGUGCCUUGGGGCAUGUGUAAUAUUAGUGUCCUUCUUUUAAGUCACAAAACUAGUUUUCUUAGUUUUAAAAUCCUGUUGUAUGAAAGGCAUUUAUACAUUAAAAAACUUUUUUAAAGGACACUUGAAAGGGGCAUGAGGAAAUAAGGGCAGUUCUAGAGGGGUGACAGUAGCUGCUGGAGAGCAGUUUUACUUUACGUGUAGUUGUCCCAGCUACACUACGUGCGCUAUUCCCCCACCCGGGCGCCCCACCAGCUCCCUUCACCUGGCGGCUUUUGCUGACAGUGACCCUGUGCUGACACUGACCAGAGGACAGCUAGCACUGGGGCCUAGAUCCUCUGCCUCGGCACCGCCCCAGGAGCCAACUUCUGUUCCCUUUCCUCUGCUCCCCCCACCCCUCACUUUAUUUAGUAACUUAGAUCCUUCCAGCGCCAACGUAGGUAGCUGCCCCACCAGGCUCGGGUGACAGGCCUGUGCUGGAACAUCAUCUCAGUUGGCCACCUUCCUGGCAGGCUGUAGAGCUGACAUUUUGAGACAAGCCCAGAGUCAGGAGCGGGGACUUUGACUCUUUUUCUAGGGAAGAACACACAUGAGGGCAAGGCUGCUGGCAGACUUCUCCAUUGUCCUUAUGUUGUCUGUGUUGUAUUUUUUUAUUGACCAUGGUGAUUAUUUUUUUAAAUCAUUGUUAAUGUAUUGGAAUGAGCUGUAGCACAUGUCUCGUGCUUAGUUUGUUUUGUUUUUCUCCAUCUCCCCUUGGCUUCCUAGAGUUUGGACAUAUUCCAGGGCUAAAUGCUUUUACUCAAACCGCAGAAAAAGGUCUUAUUUAAGUAAUGUGUGCCUGUCAUGCAUGUAUGCGCGUAGUCUGGGGAGAAGGCCUAUAUCUGAUUUCAUUCUUAGCCUCAAGCUGCCAUUUCGGAGGCUUUGGGAUGGUCUCUGCAGGGCCGGAGCUCACCUUAGGCCACUCUCUGUAUGCCUUAAAGGAAAGCGAGGGAAAGGAACCUGCAGACUGCUCAUGGGACUGUUGACCAAGGGGUUACCAGUGGCACGAGCUUAGUUCUGGACCUGUGUCUUACUGUGUGACUGACUGGCAGAGUUGUGAGUUUUCCCAAAAUCUAGAAAAAACCCUCAACAUAGCUAAGUUGUACCAUUUCUCUUUCUGUGGCAUAAAUGUCCCCUUCUAGAACCUCUUCAAGUAACAGUCUUCAUAAUGUAUAUCACCCUUUUAAGGAGUACCAGCUACUUCUCAAGCGGGUGGGAAAGCAGAACAAUGUGCACAAAAGGACACAGAUC